ACCGCCAGGCCUUCCAGCUGGGCAGCAGAUGACAGAGCUGCGCUGCGUGAGUCGCAGGCGUGCAGCGCGAUUAGAGGCCGGGCCGCCCUGCUUCCCGGGGCGGGGCGCGCUCCCCGCGGGCGGUGCAGCCUUCCUGCCAGGCCCGGCGCGGUGAUGUCAUGGGAUCCGCGGCUCGGCGAGAUGAAAGGGAUCCAGCGCGGCCCGCUGGCACCAGGCACAGCUUCCAGCGCGCAAUCAGGGCGCAGCGUGGGGACCCGAGCGCUGCGGUCCCGCCACUCAGCCCGGGCUGGGGGCACCGCCGGGCCAACUGGGUGCAAGAAAAAAGGAGGAAAGCAACGUGAUCCGGGCCAAACAAAAGAAUCCGAGGACGGGGAGGCGGGAGGGCGACUACCUGCUGAAAGGAGCGUUCCAGGAACCCUGCGCGCACACACGCAAACUUGGCCUGCCUUUGAUGUGCUGCAACUGAUCACCGAUCAGAUUACGGGCAUUUCAUCUCGCUGCUCGUCUGCCUUUGAUCUGCAGGGCUCGUUUUCUUCUCCUGGAUUGGAAGAUUCGUCUGGGCUUGCGCUGACAUACAUUUUGGGGAAGGUAGAGCUUUUGGCACAGAAGCGCUGCCAAGGAGAAACUCAGCUGCCGAAAAGGAGCUCUUCAACCAGAAAUAUAUUUAAUGAGAGCGAUGGCUUUCAAAGUGCUACUAGAACAACAGAAAGCAUUUUUCACGGCUGUAGUUUUACUAGCCUGUUUGGCGUGUAGAGUGAUCUGUGAAACAGGAGACUGUGGACAACAGGAAUUCAGGGAUCGGUCGGGAAACUGUGUUCUCUGCAAGCAGUGUGGGCCAGGCAUGGAGUUGUCCAAGGAAUGUGGCUUUGGCUACGGGGAGGAUGCCCAGUGCGUGAGGUGCCGGCCGCACAGGUUCAAGGAGGACUGGGGCUUUCAGAAGUGCAAGCCGUGCCUGGACUGCGCCCUGCUGAGCCGCUUCCAGAAGGCCAACUGCUCUGCCACCCGCGACGCCACCUGUGGGGACUGCCUGCCCGGAUUUUACAGGAAGACCAAACUUGUUGGUUUUCAAGACAUGGAGUGCGUGCCUUGCGGAGACCCCCCGCCCCCCUACGAGCCGCACUGUACCAGCAAGGUCAACCUGGUGAGGAUCCCGUCCACGGCCUCCAGCCCGCGGGACACGGCCCUGGCUGCCGUGAUCUGCAGCGCCCUGGCCACCGUCCUGCUGGCCCUGCUCAUCCUCUGCGUCAUAUAUUGUAAGCGGCAGUUUAUGGAGAAGAAACCCAGCUGGUCCCUGAGGGCACAGGACCUGCAGUACAACGGUUCUGAACUGUCCUGUUUCGACAGACCUCGGCUCAGCACCGCUGCGCCCCACGCCUGUUGUCAGUGCCACCGGGACUCGGCCCAGACCUGCGCCCUGCCGGCUUUCCUAGGGCCCGUGCAUCUCGUCCCAUCCGCAUGCUGUGACGGGGCCUGCAGCGUCGGCCGGGAGACUCCUGCUUGUAGGGUGCACUCCAAGGCCAUUCUUCAGGACAGAAACACAGGUCCAGCGGGGGAAGCAAUGCCGACUUUCUUCGGGUCUCUUUCGAGGUCCAUCUGUGGCGAGUUUUCGGACGCCUGGCCUCUGAUGCAAAAUCCCAGCUGUGGAGACGACACCUCCUCCUGCGAUUCUUAUCCUGAGCUCCCUGGAGAAGAUGUUCGCUCUCUCAGUCCAGAGAGUGCAAGCUCGGCAUCCUUGGACUCAAACACUAGUCGGGGUGUGGUUGGUGGGGCGGUUCCAAUUCAAGCUCAUCCUGAAAACCUUACAGAAACUACUGAUUUAUCGAGACUCGACAACUCAGUGCCAGAACCAGCGCUAACUCAGGACGCGCUCACUGCUAGAAAUCAGCUGGAUCAGGAGAGAGGAGAUGUCCAUCACCUGACCACUCAGCCGUCACCCCAGGAGGCCGAAAGGACUUGCUUCUUUCUGCAGUGAAGUGUCGUACGGAGGCCAAAGGGCGGCCACUCCUCUGCUUAUGGACUCAGCACCGUCUGGACCUCGCGUGGCAUCUGGGGGAAGAAAGUAAAUCUGAACCACACUGACGGCGUUUUAAGCCUUUCAACCAGUUGCUUCUGAGCCAGACCAGCUGUAAGCUGAGACCUCAAGGAAUACACUCCAAGCGCUUCUGGGACUUUGCAUCUUUCCUGCACAAGAAGCUUCUACGCUACAGGCUGACUUCAGAGACUGACGGGCCAAGUUUGCAGCCACCGAGCUUAGGGGUGUAACGAGAAACAGAAAGGCAUGCGUGCUUCUUUUCAUGGCGGAGGUGGUUUGCCAAGACUGAAGACCCAGAGUAUAAAUUUUCAUUUACGUUUUCUUUCCGGAAAUAAUUUCAUGUAUCCUACUAAAAGUCAACGUCAGAUUAGUUACUUUAGUUUUUAGGUAGGAUGGAUGGGUUCAAAAGGGAGUGUUUUUAUUUCCUGAAGGUCACUUUUUCAUCCUCUACAUAAUUAGCAUAGGAGGUUAGAAUCGACUUCACGUGGCCUGCCUGAGUCUUGGGUUUAUUAGAUGACGUUAACGGUCCUCACUGGGAAUCAGAAGAGACCAAAUCCUGCAGAAUUGACGCUUCUCGCCUCAGCCCCUGUCUUGUGAACAGCGGCUGAGUUAGUUGACAAGAGGGGUCUGAGUUAGGACAUGUGUUUGGGAAAGAACUGCCCAUCCCUCCGAGUUAAAAGCCCCUUAGCGUGCUCAUCCUAGAUGAGCAGAUUUAUGUGAAAAUCCGUGGAUAUGGAAGCAUUUGUUACUUCUGUCCCUGGGACUGAGCUUAAAAGAUCCAGAAGUUCUCUUUUAUAGAGAAUCGGUAUUUAUAAUGAUCUUUUAUUUGCAUCAUAUUUUAUACUAAAGGCUUUAGAAAUGACAACGUAUCAGGUUUCCCUACUACUGAAACGUGACACCAGGUGAGUAGUCUUAGGAGACUCUGCGUAUUAGGACGAGAAGAAAUAGCACAACUUGCAGGCAGCGUUUAGGUGAAUGGAUGACGACUGCCGUCGUGUAGCUUGACCAGGACAUCACAGGGCCCCCACCGAUCUCCUAAGCUUCGUCAGCACGGUGAUUCCCACCGUAGCCCAACGGCGCUGGAUUUGAGAGUCUGGUGCUCCUAUGGAGGCGAUCCGUCCCCUACCACCUUGGUAUUCACCUACUAGAACUAGCUCUAGAGCUGGGACAGAAAUAACCCAGCUCAGGCAUGAACCAGGGGCUGGCUCGUUUGCUCAUCUCUGCGCCCUGGAGAGGAAUUAUUUGAGCAGGGUUUAUUUUUUUCCUGCUUGAACGUACGUGAUCAGCUCUGGCUGUUGUCUUUUAAGUGAUUACUAUUAGCUCUGUCCCACUUGCACUUAAAAAAGAAAUAGACCUUUGAACAUCCCUGUGUUAGAGAAUGCUGAGGUAUUUUGUUUCCAAAUCAGUGUCUUCUACUUGACAUUUAAAGUCAGCAUUAGAGGGUAUUCCUGGGCAGUCCAGUGGUUAGGAUUCAGCACUUUCGCUGUGGAGGGCCUGAGUUCAAUCCCUGGUCGGGGAAUUAAGAUCCCGCAAGCUGCACGAUGCAGCAAAAAAAAAAAAAAGAGUUUAAAGUGAGCAUUAGAGAUCUGCCUUUCCCAAGGACAUUUUUAUCUUCCCUCUUAUUGCCCCGUGCUUUGCUCUCUUGCAGUAGUGAGCUCUCACGAGGCCUCUUCCUCGUGCUGGGACUGUCCCUCUAUCCGCAGUUCAGGAUCCCUGUGCGGACAUGAGCUCAGGGUAUGUCGUGCACGUGACCUCCGUUCCUUUGACUGAAAUGGGAAAUUAGAGGGUCUCGUGGUAAUGCACAGCCUUUCCUGUCUACCUGGUGUCCCGUCAUAGUUGAUUGACUUUCUUUUUUCUCUUCCUUUUUUAGCCUAAACCAGUGGUUCCUAAGCUCUGGUACUCACCAGCUCUUCUGAGACUUGCCCUUAGGAAAUGUAUAUAAAGUAUUUAGGACCUGAUCACAAGAGGUCCACGAAAAUGCAAGUUUCACUGUAAGUCACAUGUGUGCCGUAGUUUGUAAUCUGAUCACUUUUGUGAUGACAGAGGGGUGAUCAAAGUAGGCCAGGGUUGUGCUCCUUUUUGUAACCUGAGUAUAUUUUCCACAUGUAGAGCCCUCUUUAACUUCAAAGGCAAAAACACUUGCAGGAGAAAGCUAAGAUUGAUGGGAAUGAGACUUUGGCCGCAAAUCCUGAAACAUCACUUUUGAUCAAUAGAGAAAUACUUAGGGUUAAAAACUUGAUUUCAUUUGAUACUGCAUUUGAAAAAUCCUGGGUUAUUUUGUUGUGGACCAUUUUUAAAGUCUUUAUUGAAUUUGUUACAAUAUUGCUUCUGUUUUAUGUUUUGGUUUUUUUUGACCCCAAGACAUCUGGGAUCUUAGCUCCCUGACCAGGGAUCGAACCCGCACCUCCUGAAUUGUAAGGUGAAGUCGUAACCACUGGACCGCCAGGGAAGUCCCGAUCCUGGGUUAUUUUUAUCCAGAGGAAGACAGUUUACUACCAUGUGCUGUGGAAACAUACAAUGAUGUUAUAGUCUACACUCUUUGUAAAUGCUGUAGAGGACAGUCCAGUUGGCAUUUCAUAUCAAUAUCCUGCAGAACUCAGAUAAACUCAGCUGCUAGGGUGCUGAUGCCAGGAUCGCCAUCAGCUAAUAACAGGGCUGGGAGUGCGGGUGCUUGUGACUUCCGGCACUGCAGAAGCUCCCUGACAAGGAUGAGAUCAGGAUUGGGGAACAACCACAUAAAGGCAUGGGGUUUUCUAAUCUUGUGUAUAUGGAAUGUAUUUUUCAAAUGUAGAUUUUUCUACUUUAGAUAAAGUGUUAAUGUUGCCGUUACCUAGGUUAAGCACUAUUGUCUGUGCUAGUAAAAAAAAAAAUAGAAAAGGAAAAAAUACCCAUCAUUGCUUUAAGGCAGUCAGCUUGCAUCAAUUUAGACCUCAUCCUGACGAUUUUGCAUACUGGAAUUGAUAAAUUUGUAAAUGUUGGUUUCCUUACAUAACUAGUUUUGUAAGACCUUUUUUUAAUUUGUGAAUAAAACUGUUACCUGGUAUUCUUAUCGA